UGCAGGGACAUGCAAGGAUGACUCAGGGCAGUCGUGAUGUCAAGUCAAGGCUAACUGAUAUCAGCAAAAUAACAAAGCCAAAGAAGCAUGGUAAGAGACAAUCCAAAAUGCAGAGUAAAAAGCUACCAGAGGUCGGUCUGGACCACGAUGUCUCUGUCUUACAAGGUGCUUUGGGCGAGGUCCACCUCUUCGCUCGGGACGAGGACGAUGUGACAAUACAUCGUCAUGACAGCCGUACAGGAAUGACAAUGUCAAGUAAGGUUGGAACGGCAAGAACAUCUGCAGCACUGCCAGACAGUAAGGAGCCCAAGUACAAGAGCUUGAAGCCAGAUCCGAUCUUGUCCCUGAGGAGAAUUAUUGGUUUUGGAGGAUGUACAACGAGAGAGGCUUUAUGGACAGCUAACGGUACUCAUAUCGUCUACCCAUGCCAUGCUGUCAUUGUCUCCAUGGAGGUCAAGUCAGGUCACCAGCGAUUCCUAAUUGGUCAUACGGACAAGGUUUCAAGUUUAAGCUUCAACCGGAACACAACACUCCUGGCCUCAGCUCAGACCGGCCAGCAGUCUGUGGUCAGAGUCUGGAAGUAUCAGAAAGGAGAGUGUCUGGCCAUGUUCAGGACACACGCCCAGUCUGUCUUCUGUCUCAGUUUCUCCAUCAAUGGAUCUGUACUGUGUGGUGUCGGCAAAGACGGCCAUGGCAAAAAUAUGGUGGUAGCCUGGGAUACAUCCAGAGUUGGGAAGGGAGGAGACAUCUCAGUCCUCGCUAAAGCCCACACAGACGUUGACAUUGUCCAGAUGAGGGUGGCGCCAUUUGAUGAAAACAAAAUGGUCUCUUGUGGUAGAGACAACGUGCGCGUCUGGAGAGUUAGAAAUAACACCCUGCGCUCAGCUCCAGUCAACAUUGGGGACUUCCACGUGGCGGAGUUCACUGAUAUCUGCUUUGAAGCUACUCAACCUGGAUUAGAACCGGCUGAUAAGUUUGUUUAUGCAUGUACGAGGUCUGGCCACAUCUUUGAGAUCGACUACAAUCGUGUGUCUGUCGUCCGCAUCAGACGGCUCUUGCCAACAGGCAAAGAGGUCAAGGAGAAGGAAUCCAUGCAGUCAGGUGCGUCAGCAGACCAUAAAUUGCUUCUCUUCAUCCAGGAAGAAAACUAA